CCGCAGGGCGGCGAGGCGGCGCCGCCGGGCGCGGUCGCUGCGCGGGGCGCGCCCGGCGCGGCGGCCGUGCCCGGCGGGGCCGCACACGGCGGGGGCGGCCUCGGCCAGGGCGGGCGCGGCGCGGGGGAGAGCGGGCAGGCCUCGGAGGAUCGGCAGGCCAGCACGAUCACGGACAUCCUGCAGGCUCUGCAGCAGGAGGGGGACCCCCGGCGGGUCUUCAUGGUCCGCCAGAUCAACACCUUGGGCUUCGAUUCCGAGGAGGCCAUCGCGUCGCACUACUCGCUGUUCGGGCGGGUUGUCAGGGUGCUCGUCGCUCGCUCGAAGGCGAAGCCGUUUCGUAGGGGAGGCGCGACGUCGACCUCGGUGAGGAUCCGCCCAGGCGGCAUCGGGUUUGUCGUCAUGUCGGACGUUGGCAGCGUCAAUCGUAUCUUGAGGGAAGGCAGUGUUCAGACGGUGGCUGGCAAGGACAUACGCGUGGAGAUGUUCGUGCCCUCCGCCCCCAGACCGCCUGGCAGCGGGGCACCAUGGACGCUGGAGGUACCACCUUAGUGGGCGAAUGGCGUGCAGCUGUCAACUGAGCGUACUGGGUUGAGUCAUCACUUGACCUUCUACUUCAGCCGAGGGCGCUAGCAAUGCAAGGCGUCAGCCACUUCUGGCAUGACAUCCGGCCCUGAUCCUUGCAUGGACGCUUGAGGUGCCGCAUUGAGUGGGCGACUUGGCGCGCGGUUGACAGCUGAGAACACUGGGCUGAGUCAUCAUUUGGCCUUCUUUCAGCUCAGAGCGCUCAGCGCUGCAAGGCGCGAACUAGUUCUGCCGUGACACGCAGCCCCUGAUUCCUGAUUCGUGGGGAGGUGGCAGGCGUCUCCCUGACCCCGACCCUACAGGUGAAUAUCGAUCAAUAUCGAUUUCAGGAGUCAGGGGGUGUUCUUCGCUGCUGAUUUAUAAGCGGUCGAGCCAGGUUCCGUGCUCCUGCUUUCUUCGGCUUGUUUGCACAUCUCUUGAUUAUUUGUUCCAAGCUGUGGUUCACAGUCGUGGCAGAUGCGAUUAACAGUUCUCAAUGACUUCGAAGGCGCGGGGCGUCGACAUGGGAAAGAAUUAGCUGUUGACCUCGCCGAGCCGUGCCAAGGAGGCGCACAACUAUAUAUAUACACACAUACGUAUAUUUAUGUAUACCACACAUAUCUGUAUAUAUAAUGUAUACCGAUCCUGAGCUCAGGAUCAGCUGGGCCAGGAUUGGUUGGGCGAUUAGUUGACGUCCUCUGGUUUUUGAUGCCCGACGGAGCCCGCAAACGAGACGUGAGGCACCCCCUCUUGGGCUGCUCGCCCCCGUCGUGGCCUCCCAGACGACUGCGUGGCCAGGCCUCUGGACGGGUUUGUCUCGCUGCUGCAGGGCAGGGGCGACGCACGCUCUCUUCGCAUACGGGCCUCUGGUUGUGCAGACAGGCCCUCGUCGGACCUCUGCAGACGGGGGCUAUGCUGACGUGGUCGCGAGCGCCACGCUAGCGGCGAUGACCCGUGCCUCUGCAGGCAGUGUUGCGCAUGAUUUGCGGUGGCAUGCGAAGGGGAGGGAGUGCCAGAGGGCAGGUGCCCACACGGGACGGAGGUUGAGAAGAGAGCAGGCAAAGCCAGCGACAGUCGUAUUGUGCAUAGUGUCGUCUGUGACUUGGUCAACACGGCGGACGACUUUUUGAACAGUUUGUUUAGAUCCUGGACGCAUGAUCAUACGAUCAUGCUCACGCCGGCAUGCGGCUUAUUUCAAGGUGCUAGAGUCAGGCCGAUCUGGAUUCUACCCCACGACGUAUUUUCACGCGGAUGCGCGGCGGGUUCUGCCGCGUGAGCCUGGUUCCACAUUGUCGUUCCUUGACGAGGGAUUGUACGUUAAAGGCAUCCCCAGUGUUCGGGCCGAAACAGCUUGAAUGCUCGGUCACCGAUAUGCGUGCGGUUUAAUUGCCGCUGUUACCCCUAUUACUGAUUCUAUUGCCGUCACGACGGAUCGUGUUUUUGAAGCGCCCCAAGCCUCAGUCAUUUUGCGCUCUGCCGAAAAAUCGUUUCCGUUGCCGCUUGAUCCCAACUUCAGUCCAUAUCUCCCCCCCAUCCCUGC